AUGUUAUACGUGGUGGGAUUUUUGUCGCAUAAGAACGUACCUUGUGAAGACGAUGACAGUGGUGGCAACGAGGGAUACACGGAGUCGACGACGACCAGGAUGAAGAUGAGGGACACUUUGAGGAAUGUGGACUCGACUGCCACAAUCAUGUUUGGCUUCCAUCAGAGUUUGUGCCUUGCUGCUGGACAAUUUGAUCCAUUGGAUUUGGAUCCAUCACCUGAUGAGCAGCAGAUGUUGCAUAACCCUGACAUCCACGGAAAUUUUAAACCUGGAAAAAACUUAACAAUUUGGGCAGUGACUGGUUUUCCUUCACAUUCGGAUGAGGCGAAACCGCAUUUGAAGCAACUAAGCGUUGAAGCAUUACAAGAGUACAUUGACUCGUAUGCUGAAGAGCUGCGCAUCAAAUGGAACCAGCAGGUCAUCGCGGGGUGGGCAUACAGCACGAAUAUAACGGACUUCAACUCCGCCAGAAGGGUGAAUGCGACGCUUGAAGUUUCAAGUUGGGCAAGGGCUCAAUGGAAAGAAAAUAUUUCCCAAUUUGACCUGUCUCAGCUUCACGAAUCUGCUGAACACGAAAGACUAUCCCGACUUUUCAAGGCUGUCGAAGUCCUUGGAUUUGCUGCUUUGGAUGAUGACAAACUGGCUCAAAGGACUAACAUUAAGUCAGACAUGACUUCCAUCUACAGUUCUGCCAAAAUAUGCCCCUUUGACAAGCAAAAUUGUGACCUGAAGAAGGAUACAGCCUGGUCUCUUGAUCCAGAGUUAAAUGAACUUUUCCGAGUUCAACCGGAAAAAGAAAACUUCGAAAAGUUGGCGUAUGUUUGGGCCAAAUGGAGAGAUGCGUCUGGAAAGCUUAUUAGACAGAAGUUCUUGGAUUUCGUCCGUCUGAGUAAUGAGGCUGCAAUUGCCAACAAAAAUAGCAUGAUCAAAAAUGCAGGUGACUUAUGGCUAAGAGCCUAUGAAUCCCCGACAUUCAGAGAAGAAAUGGGAAGAAUGUACGAAGAACUCAAGCCCUUCUACCAGGAAUUGCAUGCCUACGUAAGGCACAAACUCAGACAAUUUUAUGGAGAAGAGAAAAUGAGUGCGACAGGACCAAUUCCUGCUCAUGUUCUGGGUAUGUAUAUAUACAUCGUAUUGCUUGUGUAG